AUGCGCAUCUCACUUGCUGCGAUUCUCUUCAUUGCCGUGGGCUCUGCUUGCGCGGAGCGCCUGGGCAAAUCACCUGAGUGGCAUGCAAUAAAUUGUGGACCUGACGAUAGCCUACAACGCGUUGGUGGAGCCUGUACCACAAUGGCUGAUUGCUGCACUUGUGAGAGUGAGACGAAUGCAAACGGUUUCCUGAGUUGCGUGAAUAAUAGGUGCGCUGUUAUUGAGCACCAUGACAUGUGCGGGCCAGUCCCACUAUCAUAA